AUGAGCGUGAACGUUUUCGGAACGAUUGUGGAUCCAGCGGUCACACCUCUUCACGGAGGAGAGUGCGGGAAGCGUCUUAUACCACAUGUUAUUGACGCGACGGCCAGCGCAACUCCCGAUGCCGAAUGUUUCUCAAUCCCACGGACGAACGGCCGUCCCGGCGAUGGUUGGAAGAUCAUAACCUGGGCUCAGGUCGCUAAUGCCGUCAACUAUGUAGCCCACAUGCUCAUUAAGAAAGGCGGCAAGCCACCACCCGGAACGUUUCCCACUGUCGCAUACAUCGGUCUAGAGGAUCCGCGGUACACAAUCUUUGUGGUCGGCGCAGUUAAAGCCGGCUACCAGGCUUUGUUCAUCUCGCCGCGUAACUCGGUCCAGGCCCAGCUAAACCUAUUCGAUAAGACCGAUUGUAACCUUCUCUACCAUGAUUCUCAAUACGCCUCCUUGGUUAAGCCCUGGGUAGACGGGCGACCAGGCAUGGAGAGUGUGGCCAUCGCACCAUGGGAUGAGUGGGUUGCCGAAGAUGUCGUGCCAAUCCCAUAUCUUAAGACUUUCACUGAGGCCGAAUGGGACCCCUAUGUGGUGUUGCACACCAGCGGCAGCACCGGCCUUCCCAAGCCGGUAGUCAUUACGCAGGGCAAGCUUGCCUUAAACGACCUGCACCGGGCAGUCCCACCGUAUGAAGGCAAUUUGCCAUGGCUACCGACGUGGACAAGCUUUGAGAAUAGCCGUUAUCUCCUCAUCUUCCCUCUAUUCCACACUGCAGGCAUCAUGACCUCAACCUUGUGUGGCUUCUACUAUAAUGCACCGAUUGCGUUCCGCGAUCCGUCGAUGCCGAUCACCGCCGACAAUGUGACCGAGUGGUUGCAGAACUCAAAUCCAGGGUGGACGCUCAUGCCCCCAGCUACCCUGGAGCAGAUGUCGCGCUCGCAGGUCGCCAUAGAUGAGCUGAAGAAGCUCAACGUUGCAGGAUUUGCCGGAGGUAAUGUAGCUCCGGUCCCGGCCAAUCACUUACUCAGUGAGGGAGUUCACUUGGUCAAUGCCAUAGGUUCAACUGAAUACAUCUAUAUGACCUACUACUCACAGCCCGAUCCCUCCCUUUGGGCGUGGUUUAUCGUCCCGACAGAGAUGAUAGGUAUUGAUUGGCGACCUUUCGGCGAUGGUACUUACGAGCAAGUCAUUGUCCGUCGGGAUAAAAAUCACCCCGGGCUGCAGGCCUGCUUCUAUGUCUUCCCUGAGUUAGACGAAUUCAGCACAAAGGACCUAUACCGGCCGCACCCAACUCUGGCUAACCACUGGACCUACGUGGGCCGGGCCGAUGAUAUCAUUGUCUUCUCAACUGGAGAAAAGCUCAACCCGACGACUAUUGAAGGCGCCGUCAUGGGUCACCCGGGCGUCCUCGGCGCGCAGGUCGUUGGCACCAAGCAAUUCCAUGCUGCCUUGAUCAUCGAGCCGGUCCAGCAUCCCGAGACUGAGCAAGAUAAGCAGCGGUUCAUUGAUGACAUCUGGCCCAUCAUUGAGAAAGUAAAUAUUGAUACGGUGGCUCAUGGCCGGAUAUCCCGCGAAUAUGUCUUCUUAUCGGACCCAGAGCGUCCCUUCCCCCGUGCAGGCAAGGGUACCAUCCAACGUGCCAUGACGGUCAAGGUCUACGAAAGCGAUAUUGAAAAGAUCUUCGAUGUUAGCCGUGACGUGUCUGCCCCCACAGUCGACCUUGAUCUCUCAUCCCAACCGGCUUUUGUCAGUGGGCUGUGCGCCGCGAUACAGAGCGUGCUCCAGUUGCCUACGCUGGGCAUGGAUGAUGAUAUGUUUGCUGCGGGUGUCGAUUCGCUCCAAGUGAUUCAGCUGGCGCGGAUUCUUCGCAUCAGUCUAGCGGCAGCUGGUGUGCAGUUCAGCGAAGCUGCCCUUGAGCCGCGUACCAUUUACACCUACCCCACAAUCGCAAAGCUGGCGGAGUUCGCUUACACCCUUGUGUCGUCCUCCUCUGCCGCAGCCGUGACUGAUGAGACUGCAGCCUGCCGCGCCCUUGUGGACAAAUACACCCAAAACCUCCCGAGCCCCAUUCCUAACAAGCCCGGCCCCGCUGACGAAGGUCAAGUCCUUAUCAUCACUGGUACCACCGGCACAAUAGGCUCCUAUCUACUAGACAUAGCCCUCGCGAAUCCUCAUGUGCGCCACGUCUUCUGCCUCAAUCGUGCUGCCGAUGGCCAGGCCCGCCAGACAGAGGCGAGCAUAUCCCGGGGCCUAUCGACGGAUUUCACGCGAGCCGAGUUUCUGCAAGUUGACCUAGCCGAGCCGACACUCGGGCUGACGGCUGAUAUCUACGACCGACUUGCACGGGAGGCAGACCGCGUGAUUCACAACGCUUGGCCUGUCAACUUCAAUCUUUCAAUCGCAUCCUUCGAGCCCCACCUCCGCGGAGUGCGCCACCUAGUCGAAUUUGUUGUGCGCGCCCAUAAGAAUGUGCCAAUUACCUUCAUCUCCAGCGUAGGCACGGUGGACCACUGGCCCACGCCGAACGGAGUCGUGCCGGAAUCGGCACUUGAAGACUGGUCUCUUGCUGGAACAGGAUACGGUCAGUCCAAGCUCGCCAGUAGCAUGAUCCUUGACGCUGCUGCUGCUUCAUCUGGCGUGUCGCGCACCAUUAUCCGUGUGGGACAGGUCGGUGGCCCACGUGGUGCGCAAGGCCAAUGGAAUCCACAGGAGUGGGUACCCAGCUUGGUUCGCAGCUCCGUCUACCUCGGGCUCCUACCUGAAUCCCUGGGCGUGAUGGGCCACCUGGGCUGGGUGCCCGUGGAGGAUGUUGCUAAUGUGGUGCUGGAGGUAUCUGGAGUGACCGCCCGCAUGUCUGUUGAGGAGCUCAAUGGGUACUUCCAUGCGUUGAACAAAAACGUCACCGACUGGCCAAAUCUGUUGCCCACUUUGCGCGGGUUCUACGGCGAGCGGAUUCAGCGCAUUGUCCCACUGAAGGAGUGGGUGGAUGCUCUGGAGAAGAGCCAGGUGCAUGCUGGGGAUGUGGAGCAGAAUCCUGCGGUGAAGCUGCUGGACACGUUCCGGGCGGCCGCUGCAGGCACCGGAUCGGCGUACUCGUUUGCGACGACCCGAACAGAGGAGUACAGCUCGACGAUGCGGCAGAUGGAGGCUGUUUCGCCCCAGUUGAUGAGGCAUUGGUGUGAGCAAUGGAAGUUUUGA